AUGGUCAAAGCUAUUAGGGGUACCCUCGUGCGAUGCGACGCGUCCAUCAAGGCCAUGCUGGUCGACAUUGAUAGCAAGAACAACAACGAAUACAUCAUCGAAGAGCUGGAUGAGGAGCACAUCCUGGUCAAGGAGACGAAGAUCACCGAGCUCAAGGGCAGGCUCAACAACAUGAUGAGAGAGCGUCUGAAGGAGCCUGAGAGCUCAGACUCCGAAUAG